AAUUGACGCGAUUUCACAACGACGACGCACCCCAGGAGGAGGAUCUGUUGCUUUUAGGGUACCUCAAUCGUGUAGAGGAGGAGAUUUACCCGGAGCCAAGCACCAGUACAGCGAUGACGAUGAAGUACGCUAACGUGUCAGGACCAGCGACAACGCUGAGCAGACAAACGGCUGAAGAAGAAGAAGAAGAAGAAACGCAUUACGGCACAUGGGAUGCAUUCAUGGCUAUAACGUCGGACGCCAGCGAAGACGACGACGACGACCAGGAUGAUGUCGACAACCGCUCCACCGCUUCCAGCGAUUCUAACGAGCACAACUCAG